AGUCAGCAGUCAGCCAGCAGUCAGCCAGCAGUCAGUCAGCAGUCAGCAGUCAGCCAGGAGCCAGACAGCAGUCAGCCAUGAUGGAGCCCACACCACUCUACAUGCUCUUUCUGUCCAGUGUCUUCUGUUGUCCACCAUCUCAGGCAUGUCUGACUGUUUCUCCCAGAAGAUGUCAGUUCUUUGAGUAUGAGUCUGUCUCCCUGAGCUGUGAGGAGCCGGGGAGCUCUGCCGGAGUGAGGGUGAGGAGGAACACCACAGAAGGAAAGUCUUCAGAGUGUGGAGCAGACUGGGGGAUUAUAACCGGCUCUUCCUGCUACCUGAAAGACCUGUACCCAGGGGACAGUGGAGUGUACUGGUGUGAGUCUGAAUCAGGGGAACACAGCCAUGCUGUCAACUUCACAGUACAUGAUGGAGCUGUGAUCCUGGAGAGUCCUGUCCUCCCUGUGAACCAGGGACAAGCUGUGACUCUACGCUGUAGAUACCAGACACCUCCCUCUAACCUCACAGCUGCCUUCUACAAGGAUGGAUCUGUGGUCAGGACUGAGGCUGCAGGAGAGAUGACCAUCCCUGCUGUGUCUACAUCUGAUGCAGGGUUGUACAGAUGCAGCAACUCUGAGCUGGGAGGAUCUCCAGAGAGCUGGCUGGCUGUGAGAGCCCCACCUCUUGGUCCACCUCCUACUCCAUCUUUAUCUCCAUCUCCAGCCCCACCUCCUGGUCCAUAUCCACCUCCAUCUUUAUCUCCAUCUCCAGCACCACCUCCAUCUUCACCUCCACCCCCAGCCCCCCUGCUGUCUCUGCCCAGACUGCUGUGUAGUAUCCUGGUGACCUGUCCCUACCUGGUGGUCACCGUCCUGCUGCUGGAGAUGUGCUGCAGGUCCAGAGGUGGGACUUUUGGUGAACAGAAGAGGAACUGUGAUGAUGUCAUAGAGUGAACAGUUCAGCAGGCUAUUUGAACUGUCCUAGCUUUAGAUGGUCAUUCUGGUUCUUUCCAUUUCAUUUAAUAUACUUUUGUCAAAGUGUGUGUAUGUGUGUGUGUGUGUGUGUGUGUAA